AUGGCGGCGGCCGUCGUGGACUUUUACCAUUACGUCUUGUCCCUCCGGGACCCUCGGACAGCAGGCUGGAGCCUAGUGGCGGACGCCAAGUUCAUGUUCCCGGUUCUGUUCGGUUACAUCUACGUGGUGAAGAUAGGUGGACCGCGAUGGAUGAUGAACCGGAAGCCGUUCGAGCUCAAGCCGGUCAUCAUGGCCUACAACCUGUCCAUGGUUAUCGCCAACACGUUCUUCUUCUACCAGUAUUUGCGUCACUCGUAUCUAGGAGGCGGCUACAACGUGUUCUGCCAGGGUGUCAGCUAUUCUAGAGACGAGAACGCCAUGACCAUCCUCAACCUGACCUGGUGGUACCUGUUCGUGAGGAUCGCCGACUUUUUCGAUACGAUCUUCUUCCUGGCAAGAAAGAAGUUCUCGCACAUCUCAGUUCUGCACGUGCUGCACCAUUUCCUGGUAGUGUUGAGCGGGUGGCUGUGGAUUACCUUCGGCUGUGACGGUCAAGUGCUGAUGGGCAUCUGCUUCAACUCCUUCAUCCACAUAAUUAUGUACUCGUACUACUUCCUCGCCGCCCUGGGUCCUAAGGUCCAAAAGUACCUCUGGUGGAAGAAGUACCUGACCAGGCUGCAGAUUUUUCAGUUUGUCUAUCUCACCUUGCACGUGUCCAUUCCGAUCUUCUACGAUUGUGGCUAUCCCAAGAUCCUCACGGUCCUGGCGACGGCACAGGGUAUGUUGGGCUUGGGGCUCUUCAUCAACUUCUACAUCAAUGCCUACACACUGAACGGAAACUCCGACUUCUGUACUAUGCAAGGAAUGAAGAAGGACGACUAGUGGUCUGUACCAGGGUCACGCAUCACGCGUUGGUGCUCGCGUCGUUGCACUUCAUGAAGGGACUGAUAGCAGUAGUCGAAUGUGCGCUUGUACU